UCGGUCCCUAGAACAGAAUUUUUUGCGAACAUUUCCAAUUUCAAGAAAUAAACAAAUAUCCACCAUGUAAAUGAAGUGAUGGCAUAAUAAAAUAAAGCAAGUUUGAAUAAAGUUAUCCACAAGAAAAUAAAUAAUUAUUUACAUGACGUAAAACAUGCAUGGGCGACAUCAUGAGUUUAUUCAGUGCGUGGUUCUUGCCAUAGGAACAGGCAAUAAGAAAAGUAAAGAAAACACAUAACGCCGCCGCGGUCAAAAGUCUCAUCAGACAAUACGCUGUGUCGAAUAGUGAUAAUAAUUGCACAUUUUCUUUUUUUUUGUAUUAUGGCUGCCGCCGCACUGUCGUUUGUUGUUAUAUGAUAACGAGGAAGAGGGCAUAGCCAUAAUAAAACGCAUCUAAUUUUUGCACUGUUUUUCUGAUGCGACUCGCUCGAGGUGUACGGUUUCGUUGACUGCUCAGUGUCAGUUGAAAGUGAUACCGUGUAUAAGUAUAUUUAAUAAUAAUGCAAAUGGUUUUAAAUAAAUGUUCUAGUAAUGCGAGAAAACACAAGUGUCAAAUAAAACAAAACUACAUAUAUGUAAUUACCAAACAGCCCUGCCUUCCCACAAAACACGCCCACCCACGCGCCAUAACAACUUAGCCGAAUGCCUCAUAUGUUUAAAUUCGCAAUAACAGUGAAUAAUGUUGAAGACCCCCACAAUACAAGGCUGAAAAAGAUAAUAAGUAAGGGCCCAACUGACCGCUUAAAGGCGUCAUUGAAGAUGUGAAAGAAGAAAACCAUUAUGAAAAAUAAAACAACCUUCCAAACUCAAAGUAAUAUAGGUGAAACUAGUGUUAUUCAAUAAGUCAUUGAUUGGCCAUUGGCUUUGUGUCUUAUGUUCUGUUACAAAAUCCAACUUGCUAUGUUACUAUCAUCGUUUGCUUUGUUCUGUGCACUAAAUAUUUGAUUGGUGGUGUUUACCGUUCUUUGCAUUUCUUAAGUACUUUUGACGUGGUAUUUGCUCGUUGAUCAACAACGACAACCCACCCCCACCCGCCAACAUCCCUUGUCGUCAGCAGUUGUUGUUAUUGAGUAUCUUGUGUUCGUUGCGUGCCCGUUGCUACAGCCGUCAUGUCCAUAUCAGAACAUGGUACCGGCAAUUCAUCAAUUAAAAGUGCAAUACCACAAUCGUCUGGUACCGGCAACUCGAAUACCACUGCUGCUGGCUAUGGUUCGGCGUCGUCGUCGUCGCAACCCUCAUCAUCCGGCCACUCUCAGCCAGCACAAAGAUCGAAAAAACCCACAACAGGGCUGCCGGGAGCUGUUUCGCAUAUCUAUUAUAAACAUGGUCUCUUUUUGUCAAGUUAUCCCACAUGUGCCACCAGCAUUGCUAUUGUGGCAAUAUUGCUAUCAUGUUAUCCCCUCAUAAACAUCCCAUUACCUGGAACCAUACCAACAAAAAUCGUUUUACCCUUCGAGGGUAAAUAUCCAUUAUUUGGUGAAGGUGAUCGCUCCAAUUAUUCAUUGGUUAAGAAUAUAUUCAACGUCAAUAAUGUCUCAUACGAACCGCAUGUGCCGUGGUCUCAAAGUUUGCCAUUUUUUUAUGUGCAACAAAUAACAUUGCGCUCCAGUGUGCUACCCUGGACCGAUGACAUGCAAUUAAUGGAUGCAUUUCGGGCGCCUCUCUAUGAAGUUUUUAGACUUUUGGAAAUUGUUCGCAAUCAUGUAUCGGCUGAAAACCAACGCACUUUGGAUAAGAUUUGUUUGCGUGUGGAUAAUGUCAAGCGAACACAAAAUGAACAAAUUUUCCCGGAAUACGAUUGUCUAAUGCUCUCGCCAGCCAAUCUAUGGGGACAAAGCUUUCAAAACUUUACCAACGAUGCAAAUAUUUUGAACACCAUUUUUCAAUAUCAUAAUCUUCAAAAAUCCAAGGUAUCCACCUCUGAAAUGCUAUUUGGCCUUCCAAUGCAAGAUACCGGAUUUAAGCGAUAUCCCCUGCGAGCUCGCUCCCGCAUAAUACAGUAUGCCCUGACAUUGAUAAUCAAACAGAAUGAUCGUGAAUACAUAGAGUCGUUGAAGGAAAAACUACUGAAAUACUAUCCUCCGCCUCAAAUUGGUGGGGGCAAUGUGGACUCAGCACAGCAACAGGCUGCAGAGAAAACUUCCAUCACCUACAUUUUCUAUCCUGGAGAAUUUAAAAUGUGGGAAUUUCUGCCGCUCUCCAUAGCGUUUGUAUUACUCUUUACCUACGUGUAUUUCUCGGUGCGCAAAAUCGAUGUCAUACGUUCGCGUUUCCUUUUGGCCCUGUGUGCAGCAGUUACCAUUUUGGGUAGUCUGGUGAUGUCAUUGGGUUUAUGUUUCUUCUUUGGCCUAACCAUAAGUCUGCAGUCUAAAGAUAUUUUUCCAUAUUUGGUCAUACUCUUGGGUCUGGAAAACUGUUUGGUCAUUACGCGUAGUGUGGUAUCAACCGAUGAAACGUUUGAUGUGAAAAUAAGGGUAGCUCAAGCGCUGAGCAAGGAAGGCUGGCACAUUUCAAAGACUCUGCUGACGGAAAUUACAAUACUAACCAUAGGCUUGGCCACCUUUGUGCCUGUUAUACAAGAGUUUUGCGUAUUUGCAAUUGUGGGUUUGUUGUCGGAUUAUAUGUUGCAAAUGAUGUUGUUCUCCACCAUAUUGGCCAUGAACAUUAAGAGGCCGGAAUAUUCAACAGAGGCAAAACAUUUGCCAAAAAUGAUGCUCUCAUUUACGGGCAAUUCUUCGUCUGGCAAUACAAACCAUGCCUCUGGAUUUGCUGGCAAUGGACGCCCUGAUUUCAGAUUCUUCGGCAACUCCCCAUCGCCAACAGGCAACAAUGCUGGGGGAUUUUCCCAAACACCUUUUGGGGCUGGGAUUUUUCAUCGCUCGCAGUCGCAUCCUAAAUUGGCAUUUGGAGAUUUUGGAGUGCUUAAUGGUGGCCAGGAUAUGAAGAGAUCAUCGAUUGCUUUGGGUUCUAACAGUCAGCCGGAUAUACCAAAACGCUUGAAGAUUGUGAAUUUCUGGGCCCGCACACGUUUCUUUCAACGAGCCUUCAUGGUAUGGAUGAGUGUCUGGAUAUGUUCCAUUGUCUACAACUCGGGCUAUUUGGAAAAUCUUUUUGUGGUGGACAGCAAUCGUACUGUGGGUUUGGGCAGUUAUGAAAUUCAACGCAAUUGGAUGGUUGGUCGUGGGGCGGUAUCGAGUUUUUUCUCCAACGUGCAUUCAGCCAUUAAUGCUGGCGGGGCCACCAAUCAAGAUGGUGAGCAUAAUCCUUAUGGUGGCAACAGUGUUUUUGGGAACGGCUAUAAUGCUGGUCAGGAAGGCUCUCCCAUGGAAACACAAAUUAAUGAGACAGAAGCAGAGCUUAGACGUCUACUAUACCCAGAUUUUGAAAUCAAUUAUUUCCUCUCUAAUUUUCACUGGUCAACAAUAAUGAAGCAGUACAAUGUCUCACUGAAGGGUCGUUAUGUUACCAUAUUGCCGACCAUUAAACUUUCGCAUGCCAUAAAUCCGGAAAAGGCAGUUCGUGGCCGUAAUCCAAAUGAAAAGGUGGUGCAAAAUUUCCAAUGGAAGGCCUUGGCAGCGGCUUUGGAUCCUUUAGAUUUCAGUGAUGAUGAGAAUCGUGAAUCGCCCAUUUUUAUGCCAGGUGGCACUCCCCUUUUUCCCAAGAGUCCCAUGGAGAUAUUCUUUGCAAUAACCCUUUGCUGUAUAAGCGUUUUUGUGUUAUGCUACACCAUGGUAGUGUUCUAUCGUUGUAUAUGCACUCGUAACUAUGCCGAAUGGCGCUCAAGUUGGAAUGAAUCCUCGGACUUUACACACAAAACGGAACAAAUACUUGAAGGUGUACCCACCCAGAUUGCAGGACAUAAACAUCGCAUAGAAUGUCUAGUCUCUGAUGGUUCCAACAUCAUAAGCUGUUGUUUAAAAGGCCAAAUAAAAGUGUGGGACGCGCGAAGUGGAGAGAACAUUACAACCAUCAACAGGGGUGACAUGCAGGUGACCACACAUCGCGAAGAUGGCGAGGUGGUGGUGAGAAAAUUGAACUCAUCCCCUGUAUGGUGUUUGGAUUACUUUGAUAACCUAAUUGCCGUUGGUUGUGCUAAUGGGCGCAUUGAGUUAUGGGAAAUGCCAUCUGGUACUUUGAAGUGCACUUAUCACGAAGAUUCCAAACGUAAUCAAGGUAUUACGCAUAUAAAUUUGAAUAGUGAUCGUGUAAUUGUGGCCCGUCUCUGUGGGCGUUUGGACUUUUAUCGUUUGGAAACCUAUUACAAGGGCAAACAGAUUGAUUGGGGCUUUACUUCGGCAUACCGCAGAACCCAUGUUCGAACAAAUUCCACUGGCAGCAUUGGCCUAAUGCACCAUCAGCAGCAUCAACAGGCCCAUCAGCGAAAUGAAAGAACAACCAAUGAGGAGAUGAAAUGCAUACUGCGAGGAGUGCGCUUGGCUCAUCAGCAACCCAUUACAUGUAUGGAGGUGGUAAAUGAGAUGGUAUUUACGGGUAGCCAAGAUCAUACCCUCAAGGUGUACAGCUUAAAUAACACCGACAUAGAAUAUACCCUACACGGUCAUUGUGGUCCAAUAACGUGCCUCUUUGUGGACCGUUGGCAGCCGGGCACAGGUGGCUCAGGUUCCCAGGAUGGUAUGCUAUGUGUUUGGGAUCUAUUUACAGGUGCCUGCAUGUACAAUAUACAGGCCCACGAUGGAGCUGUCAGUUGUUUGGCCUGUGCGCCCAGUUAUGUUAUAUCGCUGGGUACAGAUGAGCGCAUUUGUGUAUGGGAACGAUUUCAGGGCAAUUUGCUGACCACAAUAAACAUCUCAAAUGCUUAUUCAAGUCUCUUAAUGCUGACACCAUCACUGCUAGUCACCAGCAAGAUGGGAUCUCUAAUAGUUUGGGAUGUUCGCACUGGCGAACCAGCGAGAGAAGUCAAAUUGGACUUUUCCAACCUACAUUUAUGCCCCAAGAUUAUGAUGUUAGCCUAUGAUUCUGUGGUCUGUGACUAUGGCAAUGAGAUACGGGUGGUACGAUUUCCUAUAGUUGCGGAUAAGUCUAAUUAAGUAACUAAGUCACCCAUCCAUAAAUCACUCCAAAAGCAUUACUUCUUCCUCACACGUGUACACUUUUCUACUACAACGUUUGACCUUUGAA